AAAAUGAGCAUCAUUCGUAACCACAAAGCCGAAGUGCGGCGACGCAGUGAGGUUGGAGUGAGUGAAAAACUCUGAGUUUUCAGGACUGAAAUUCGAUCGAUGUUUCAGGAUGAAGAUUUUUUUUGCCUGGAUCCCUUGGUGUUUGGACCCUUCACUUUGGUCUCGCGUUUGGCGUGAGAGUAACGAAACGCGUUCGCACGUCCUGCAUUCGCACAUCAGCGAGCUGCUCCUCACGCUAGACGCCGUUCACAGUUUUCUGGGUCAGUUCAGAACCGAGAAUCGAAGUGAGGCAGACUGGGUUUACUUCCCGACCUAUUUUCCGCUCAUUUUCUGGUACGAGAGCGAGGAAAGCCUCGCUUGUGUGAAGAACUACUUUCGCGAGUAUGAUUUUGGUGAUCGUGCAGGGUACGAUCAUUUGAUAAACUAUGGGCAUGAGUACCCGCACUGGAAGAAGCAAAGCCUGGCGCUGCCACCGGCGAACCGGUUGCUAGAGCUCGACGGUUACCAUGCUUUCCUCCGCAAUGCUUUUGUGCUCACAGUCGGGCACACACAUCAAGGCCGCCGAAACCAAGCUGUCCUGGGCAACAUGGUGGAUAACGUUGUCCCCACAACGCAACCAGUGGAACCAAGAAACAUCAGCGGGACUGCUUCGACUGUUGCGAUACCAUCAAGUUCUUCAGCCUCCUCCAACGGAGUAGGAGUGCCGGCAAGACCCACAGAAGGGCGAGACGAGAAAGAAGAUCAUAAUGGUUCGGUGUUGGCACAGACGGCCACAUCAGCGGACGGAGCGGUGUCAGCGGGCGGCCUUUUCGCGCUGCAGAGAUUCAUCAUUCAUCCUUACUUCGUGUCCUUCGAUUGCGAUAAGGCUUACCGCACUCUGGCUGAUUUUUCGAGUCGGCCUGUCCAUGUACUUUUCGUAGGUGCGGUGAAGGUUAGAGAGGACACGAACUUUAUUUUCCGUGAGCGCCUUCUCAUGAUGGAAGCGGUCAACAUGGAUUGGAAGGUAAGGAUUUUCGAUUAAGUGGCUGUCUUUGGGUCGUUUUUCUUGCGAAGUAGCAGUUGUGAGUUUUGGUAGAAUUCACUGCAGCAAGGGCGGCGGCGGUUGUUAUUGUGUGAUCGUCCAGAGAGUUACAAGCAUGGUCGCAUAUAUCAUAGAUUCAUCGCGAGAGUAGAUGAAGCUGGUGUCGAUACAACUCUUCUCCCCCCUCAGGACGAGGAACGUGUCUAUUUUCAACCUGUUCUUGGUGACGACUCUUCACGACAAGCCUUGCGACUGAAGCAAGACGAAUUUCUGUUACUGUACGGCGCGGCGCGGUUCUGUUUGGUGAUGCCAGGGGAUGGGAACACGGCUCAGCGCUUAUUUCACGUCAUGACUCAGGGUUGCAUUCCAGUUUUUGUGUACCACAAAGACAGCUAUGUUGUUCUGCCGUUCGAAGGCUAUCUAGACUACGCGGAUUUUUCCUUGUUUUUUCAGGUUGCAACUCUAGAGGAGGGACGCGAAGUUUUGCAUAAACUUCUUGAGGGUGACGUUGCUCAAGAAGCGGCCUCAACAAGGAAAUUUGCGGAGAUGCAGCGCCGCGUAUUGCAGGCAGCGCCCUAUAUUUCGAUGGAACUUGCGGAAAACUGUGCUCGUUUUGGUCUGAAUGCUAUGGAAAGCUCUGCGCUCUACUUGCUCCACCGGGAGCUGGAGGACCGACUUUACUGGCGCGACAAAUUUCUCAUUCCGAAGAUCGGCUUUCGCGCGCGGCACAAAAAGCAGCAGACUACCUCCAGUUCUACAAUAGAUAGAGAUCGUCCACCAACUUCUACAAUCGAUACAGCUGGCCCACCAUCACUUGCACCAUCUGUCGUUCUCAAUGCCACUUUUUUCCUCCACUGGGGCGCGUUGUGGCACACUGUGGACGUCGAUUUAAACCGAACAGAAAACGGAAAUAUCGCACUAGGCCCUAAAUCUAAUGUAAGUAAUGAUCAGGAUACAGGACCUACAUAUCGUUCCAUGCAUUGGCAGAAUAGGUCCCGUGUCCUCGUGUCCGCGAUGCUCAAUGUGUUCCACGAAAUACUUUAGUAGCAGAGUGAAAUAAAAUUCAACCCGACCACGUUGAAAAAUAUGAAAUUUUGGAGAGGAA